AUGGAGCGACCGAGCGACCAACAGUCGAGGGCGGCUUCGCUUUCGCGCGGAGCAGUCAGUCGGUCCCGGUUCUUUGGCUUCCGUGAUUUCUUCGACUACUUCGACAGGCGCAUCACCAUCUCGCGGUUCGGCAGGCUCUUUCGCCUCGCCGGGUCGGGCCAUCCAUACGAGAUUCCGGGGGCCACCUUUCUCAAGGAGUUUCGAGCGGGCCUGACUACCUUUACAACGAUGGCGUACAUCAUCGCCGUCAACGCCUCGUUGCUGUCACAAACGGGAGGGACAUGUGUAUGCGACAUAAAGCCAAAGGAGCUAUGCGACUCCAUCGCCGAGUUUGCCGCCUGCAAGGAAGAUGUGCGAAGAGACUUGAUUACAGCCACCGCUGCCUUGGCCGGGAUGGCCUCGAUCGUCUUCGGGGCGUUGACGAAUCUCCCUGUGGCUCUUGCGCCGGGAAUGGGGCUCAAUGCCUACUUUGCAUUUCAGGUCGUCGGCGUCAACGGCAGCGGAAACGUCUCGUACCGGACCGCCCUCACAGCCGUCUUCUUCGAGGGCAUCAUCUUCAUCGUCCUGGCGCUCACGGGCCUGCGGCAGUGGCUUGUGAGACUGAUUCCUGCCACCAUCAAGACGGCCACGGGUGUCGGCAUCGGCCUUUUUCUCACCGAGAUUGGGCUGUCGUACUCUGUCGGCAUCGGUGCCAUCACGGGAGGGGGAUCCUCGACGCCGCUGGCGCUGGGAGGCUGUCCGCGCGAGAUGAUCGAUGAGCGGACGGGCAUGUGCACGUCUGGCCAGAUGACGAACCCCAAGACUUGGGUUGCCAUCUUCUGUGGCGGCCUCGUCACGUCCUUUCUGAUGACAUUCCGCAUCAAGUACGCCUUCGUGAUAGGCAUCGCGCUCGUCUCGGUUCUCUCCUGGCCCCGCCACACGGCCAUCACUUACUUCCCGGACACCGACGAGGGUAACGUCCGCUUCGAAUUCUUCCAGCAGGUCAUUGCCUGGCACCCGAUGAGCAAGGUAAUCAACCAGCUGGACUGGGCCUUUAGCGCGGGCGGCUCCCACUUCGCGCUGGCCCUCUUCACCUUUCUGUACGUCGACAUCAUCGACGCCACGGCCACGCUCUACGCCAUGGUCCGCUUCUGCGGCGUCGUCAACCGCGAGGACGGCGAUUUCCCCCGCUCGACCCUCGCCUACUGCACCGACGCCGUCUUCAUCUCCAUCGGCGCCCUGCUGGGGUCGUCGCCCGUGACCGUCUUCAUCGAGAGCGGCGCCGGCAUAGCGGAGGGAGGGCGCACGGGGCUCACGGCCAUCUUUGCGGGCCUCUGCUUCAUCGCCUCCGUCUUCUUUGCUCCCAUCUUUGCGUCCAUCCCGCCGUGGGCAACGGGCUGUACCCUCAUCCUGGUGGGCUGCAUGAUGAUUCGGCAAAUCACCCAAAUCAACUGGCACUACAUUGGCGAUGUGCUCCCGUCCUUUGUCGUCAUAGCAUUCAUCCCUUUUAGCUAUAGCGUCGCCUAUGGCCUCAUCGCCGGCCUCCUUGUUUACGCCGUCCUCAACGGCCUGGUCGGCCUCGUCGUCUGCGUGAGCGGCGGCCGCAUUGAGCCUCAGGAGUACGAGCUCAAGGAAUACUGGACCUGGAAGGGCGCUGGUCGCCCGCCCUGGUUCGUCAGGGCGAUGAGGGCCCGCCGUCGACGAGGAGAGGUGGCGCAGUCCGAGGAGCUUUGUCUCGAGCCCCGAGAAGGCCGCGGGUCUUCCGCGCGUGAUUCGCGAGCCGAGUCCGAGGCCAAUGAGUACGCUCCGGCCGUGAAAGAGCCCCAGGUUCCGGCCGAGGGGGGCUCACCGGGUCGCGCUGGUCGCUGA